UUCAACGAACAUAUGUACAACGUACAAUACGCGCCAUACAUUAACAGCAUACGAUUUUGGUUGAGGCGUCACUGAAAAAAUUGUCAAUUUAAUUCGAUAUAUCUUUUUUCUCAUUUUUUUUUUAAUUUGUAAAUUUUAAGUAAAUUAUUUGUUGAAGUUUCAACAAGAGUUUAAUACCUAGAAACAGGCAGAUUCUGAAGCAGUAAUUCUUCUUUGUUACGCUGUUUGACGUUUCACCAUUGACAACAUUUGAAAGUGUGCUAACGACUUUUCGGUCAACACAUCAUUCGAGUUUACGGUGUAAAUUAGUAAUUUUUUAAAUUGAAAAUGGACCAUUUUUCAUGCACAUUGCCACUCAUCGAAGGAGAAAUCAUAAACAAUGACUUUAACAGGUCCACAACAAAGUUAGCGACUUAUCCAGACAUCUAUAUUCGUCGAGAAGGAUUGAUUGGUUCGACACAUUCGAUUCCAUUUGGUUCGAGAUAUAAUUUGGAUCGUGCAAUUUUGAUAACACCACAAAAUGAACCACUUCCAAAACGUUUGGCACGUAUUUUCUUCGAAGAAGGACCCACUGAAGCAUUACGUGAAGCUGAAUUGCAAACACAAGACCAACCAAUUAACUAUCUUUUUCGCGGUCUAAACUUUGCACUUUGCAAACUCAAGCAUUUGAAUCAAAUCUUUUGGCCGUAUAGAAAUAAUGAAAAUGUGAACAAUUUAAGUGAAUUCGUACAAACUAGAGACUGGCAAAAUAGUCCGAUUCGUUGCAUUCGAUGGCAUCCAAAUUAUUUCAAAUUGGCAGUCGCCUCGGUUGAUGAUAAUAUUAAGAUUUACUCGUCGGACACGGUUACCAUAACAACACUGAAACAUGGCUAUCAAAAGUGCAUCACAAGUCUCGCAUGGCGUCCACUUUGUGCUGGUGAAUUGGCAGUUGGUUGCAACAAUGGUAUUAUAAUUUGGAAGCUGGACACACCAGGACGGCAUACAUCUCAGUAUUUGCAUUUAACAAGCAUUAACCAUCAUCCAAUUAGUUCGUUGGAAUGGAACCGUAACGGAUCUUUAUUAGUUAGCGUCAGUUUAAGUGAUCCGAAUGCCAUUAUUUGGGAUGUUGACACAAAUCGAAAUAUUCCAUUGAAACGAAUUGGCAUGCCGUGUGCCAUAGCAAAGUGGUCGCCAGACAAUCAACGUUUAUUUACAUCGACAGCGGGUAGUGUAUUUCGGGUAUGGCAAACCAGCAAGUGGACACCGGAACGUUGGACUAUUCCAACUGGCGCUGCCAUUCAAUCCGCUGUAUGGUCACCAUGUUCAAAUCAUUUGCUCUUCAUUACCACGACCGACACCAUUCUCUACAGCCUUUGUUUCUUAGAAGAACAAAUUUAUAGAGUCGCUGCUGCUGCAAAGCAAUCGUUCCCAAUUGCCGAUUUCAAACCCGUUCAGUUCGGCCAACGUACAAUUGGCGGCCUUCCAAAGAGCAUUGUUUGGGAUCAAACUGGAAGAUUUGUUGCAGUCAUGUUUAAGACAACAUCAUCGAUUUCUGUCUUCUCAACAUCGAUUAAUCGCAACGUUUUGAGUAUAUCACCCAAUUUUAACAUCAGCGGCGACGAUGCCGAUGAGUUUCCAUCGUUUAUUUGCUUUAAGGAAAAAUAUGAAAAACACGACGAUGUUGUUCUCACCAUAGGCUGGUCUACAGGACGGAUUCAAUACUUCCCUAUUCGUUAAGUUAAAAUUUCAUUACUCUAGUAAUAUUGUCUUUUUAUGCGUUCUAUUUAUGAAUAUGAGUUUCAAUAUGCAGGCUCAAUAAAAAAAACUGAAUCCUUGCUAACAUUUAUAAUUUA